UAUGUUUAUUUCCUCAAUCUUAAGGAGUCAAACUUUUUCCAUAUAUUAAUGGAUAUAAUUAUGAACUGAAAUACAAGCUGCCUUGAUGACAGGGCAACUAUGCCUAUUUAAACUUGAAAAGGAAUGUCAAGUGAAAAGAAUUUAUAACUCAAGUGAUUAAUAGUAUUUAUCUUUGCACUUAAGAUUUUAAAUUCAAUUUUUCUUCUUCCAACAUCGCUUAUAUAAAAAAGAAAAAAAAAAAAAAAAAAAACAGCAAUGCCAAGCAAAAUAAUCGAGGCUGUUCCAUAUAGGAUGGGUGAUAAAUUCUACAGAAGAAGCAACAUAAAAGGUAGUCUAAAGACUCUAAACCCAAAUCAUUGGUAGGACCCCAUUGGCCACUAAACCUAUUUUUAUUUUUAUUUUUCACUUUUCCUCUCCAUAUACGCAAAUCCCACAUAUUAAUUCCACUAACCAAAAGAAUUUAAAAUUCCAUAUCCUACUUUACCAGAGUGCACAAUCCAUGCCCCCUCCUCCCCCCUUCCCCAGUUAUAAAUACCACGACAACUUCCCAGAAAAGAAAAGCAUAAUAACCAAACACAACUAAAAGGCUUAAAGGGCUUCAAAUUCAUGGCUGCUGCAGGCAAGUUUGCUGCAAUUGGUUGCUUUUGCAAUGACCGUUGGGGUGACAUGUCACCUCAGCCACACUAUCCUUCGAUGCCCAAGUACCCGAAGGGCACGUCUCCGGAGGCAGCGACGAAUGUGAAGGGGUCUGAGGUGAAGGCCUUGUUCUCUGUGGCUGGCAUGACAUGUUCCGCCUGCGCCGGGUCGAUUGAGAAGGCCGUCAAGCGGCUUCCUGGCAUACGAGAGGCUGCCGUGGAUGUACUGAACAAUACAGCCCAUGUUCUCUACUAUCCAAGCUUCGUAACUGAGGAGAAAAUAUGUGAGACUAUUGAAGAUGUUGGAUUUGAAGCCAAAUUGAUCAAAGAGGAGACAAGUGACAAAUCUAGACAAGUAUGCAGAAUAAGCAUAAGUGGAAUGACUUGCACCUCUUGCUCCUCCACUAUUGAAUCAGCCCUGCAAGCAAUUCAUGGUGUACAAAGAGCUCAAGUGGCCUUAGCAACUGAAGAAGCACAAGUUCAUUAUGAUCCAAAGAUUGUAAGCUACAAUCAGCUAUUGGAAACAGUAGAAAACACCGGUUUUGAAGCCACACUUAUUAGUCUAGGGGAAGACAUAAGCAAGAUUGAGCUCAAAGUUGAUGGCAUAAAGACUGAGCAGAGCAUUAGAGCAAUAGCAAAAUCCCUUGAAGCACUUCCUGGAAUUCAAAACAUAGAGACAUUUCCUGAACUCAACAAAAUUUCAAUUUCUUAUAAAGCAGAUAUUGUAGGACCAAGAACUUUCAUUGAAGUCAUCGAGUCAUCAGGCUCGGCGCAUUUUAAAGCAAUGAUAUACCCUGAAGAAGGAAGAGACACUCACAGAAAGGAGGAAAUCAAGCAGUAUUAUAAAUUCUUUUUGUGGAGCUUGUUUUUUACAAUUCCUGUGUUUUUAACCUCCAUGGUAUUGAUGUAUGUCCCUGGAGUUAAAAAGGUGCUUGAUGUUAAAAUUGUGAAUAAGUUGAAUGUUGGUCAGAUUCUAAGGUGGGAGCUGUCCACUCCAGUGCAGUUCAUCAUAGGCAGGAGGUUCUACAUUGGAUCCUACAAAGCGUUGCGCCAUGGUUCUGCUAAUAUGGAUGUUUUGAUCGCCUUGGGAACCAAUGCAGCCUACUUCUAUUCAGUGUACAUAGUUUUAAGAGCUGCAAACUCUAAAGAUUUCAAGGGUACAGAUUUCUUUGAGACUAGCUCAAUGCUUAUUACAUUUAUCUUGCUAGGCAAGUAUCUAGAGGUUUUGGCUAAAGGAAAGACAUCUGAGGCCAUUGCCAAGCUUAUGGACUUGGCACCUGAGACAGCAACAUUGCUGACUUUGGAUGAGGAAGGAAAUGUGGUAAAUGAACAAGAAAUUGAUAGUAGGUUGAUACAAAAGAAUGAUGUGAUUAAAAUCAUUCCUGGUGCCAAAGUUGCUUGUGAUGGUUCUGUUAUGUGGGGGCAGAGUCAUGUGAAUGAAAGCAUGAUAACAGGAGAAGCACGGCCGGUGGCGAAAAAGAAGGGUGAUGCAGUCAUUGGAGGCACUGUUAAUGAGAAUGGAGUGUUACAUGUCAAGGCAACAAGGGUUGGAUCAGAGAGUGCUCUUUCGCAGAUUGUUCGACUUGUUGAGUCUGCACAAAUGGCCAAGGCUCCUGUACAGAAGUUUGCUGAUCGCAUUUCCAAAUACUUUGUGCCAAUGGUUAUCAUACUUUCAUUCUCGACUUGGCUUGCCUGGUUUUUGGCAGGGAAGUUCCAUAGCUACCCACAUUCUUGGAUCCCAUCUUCGAUCGAUAGUUUUGAGCUUGCUCUUCAGUUUGGGAUCUCGGUCAUGGUCAUAGCUUGCCCUUGUGCUUUAGGCCUAGCAACUCCUACUGCUGUUAUGGUUGGUACCGGAGUUGGUGCAUCUCAAGGUAUACUGAUCAAAGGGGGGCAAGCAUUAGAGAGUGCGCAUAAGGUGAACUGCAUAGUCUUUGACAAGACAGGGACUCUCACAGUUGGGAAGCCAGUGGUUGUUAACACAAAACUCUUGAACAAUAUGCUACCUCAUGAAUUCUAUGAACUUGUUGUUGCAACUGAGGUGAACAGUGAGCACCCACUAGCCAAAGCUAUUGUUGAGCAUGCCAAGAAAUUCAGAGGAGGUGAAGAGAAUCCAUCCUGGCCGGAAGCACGAAACUUUGCAUCCAUUACUGGCCAAGGAGUAAAGGCAGUUGUUCGGGAGAAGGAAAUACUCAUAGGGAACAAGAGCUUAAUGUUGGAUUCUAACAUUUCCAUAGCAGUGGAGGCUGAAGAAACACUUGCAGAAGCUGAAGCUUUGGCUCAAACUGGGAUACUUAUAGCUAUAGACAGGGAAAUGGCAGGAAUUGUAGCCAUAUCUGAUCCACUGAAACCCGGUGCUCGGGAAGUGGUUUCCAUACUCAAGUCUAUGGGAGUUAGAAGUAUCAUGGUUACAGGUGACAAUUGGGGUACAGCGAAUUCCAUUGCCAAGGAAACUGAAAUUGAAACUGUGAUUGCAGAAGCCAGACCUGAACAAAAAGCUCAGAAAGUGAAGGAUUUGCAGGCUUCAGGCUACAUUGUGGCAAUGGUAGGAGAUGGAAUCAACGACUCACCGGCACUUGUGGCAGCAGAUGUAGGAAUGGCAAUUGGUGCUGGCACAGAUAUUGCUAUUGAGGCAGCUGACAUUGUGCUUAUGAAGAGCAACUUGGAAGAUGUGAUAACAGCCAUUGACCUUUCCCGGAAAACCUUUUCUCGUAUUCGGUUGAACUACAUAUGGGCAUUGGGUUACAAUGUGCUCGGAAUCCCAAUAGCGGCAGGCACCCUGUUUCCAUCCACCAGGUUUAGAUUACCACCAUGGAUUGCAGGAGCUGCAAUGGCAGCCUCCUCUGUUAGUGUUGUUUGCUGCUCUCUGUUGUUGAAGAACUACAAGAGACCCAAGAAGUUGGAUGUCCUUGAGAUACAAGAAGUACGGAUCGAACGAUAAUAGGGGUUUCAAAUCAGUUGUGCAUAUUCAUGGAGUUGGGUUUGUCUAGAAAGUUGGACAAGCUAGUUGAUUGAUGAAGAAAAGGUGUACAUAGAGUGACGAUUGUUUACUUCCCAUGUAUAUUAUGUUGAUCUGAAGAUGAAUGAAAUUUUGCUUGCAGAGAAAGAUUCACGAAUGCAGGCCUUAAUCUUUGAUGAACUGUUACUGCAUUAA